AUGGGAAGAGUUGAUUGGUGUUUAACAAACGGAGAAAAAGAAACAUCCCGCGGCAUAGGCAUCUAUAUAUCUCUUUGCACAGAGUAUGUACAGAGUAAUUAUGUAUAUCUGUAUAAUGCAGCAACGGAGGACUGCAGGCUUUUUAUUUCUGCCUGGUAUCGGGAGGUCUUUAGGGUUAUUCAGCCUUGGAGAUUCAAAAGCAAGCAACAGCAACCAUCGCGACCAUGCUUGUCACCGUCAAAAAUAUCAGAGACAGUGUUUACUCCGCCGUCUUCCCAGCCACGGUCAUUUGAGAUGUCAAUAUUUUGCUGUUUCAUUUCUACAUUCGAUAAAGCCCCCCAGCCUCUCGGGACUCGUCAUCAAUACUGUUCUCUUUUUUCGAAGAGAUUUAAUUAUAUAUGCAUUCAAUACUCAGAUUCAGGCAACCUUAAUGUACGACUGAGACAGAAAGUAUUCUCGAGGAACUACUCCGUGCCCUGA